UUUCUUUCUCCUUCUGGUUCAGUCCUUUGCCUAAAGUGAAAGACCACGCAGAAGCUAUGGAGUUGCUUUUUGUGCUUGACAAAAGUGCAUAGAUAGAAGACAGGGAUUCCUGGCUGGGAGGAGGGAGGAGAGCUGAAGAUCCCUGCCUGGGCUGGCUGAUCUAAGCAGUCAAAGUGGGAAGCUGAGUGCUUGAAAGAGGAUUAUGCUCGCACUAGAAAUAAGCAAUCUGUGGUUCUUUGGUCAGCAAGUUCUGGCAAUGAAACCACUGCCACUGGUGCAAAGAAUUCUGGGAUGUCUGACAGUGAAAUGGAUGGAAGGACCCACAUUCCAUCUCUACUUAAUGUCCUUUUGUCCAGAAAUCGGGUCAUGCAAAUGAGCUACUUGAAAAGUAAAGAAAAAGGAUAUGGAAAACUAAGCAGUGAUGAAGACCUCGAAAUAAUUGUUGAUCAAAAGCAGGUAGUAGGUGUAACCUUGAAGAAAAAGUGGCACUGUCUUCAAAAAAGUGACCUGACCCUGGCUUUGGGAAAAGGCUCUAGGGCGGCAGAUAAGGCUGUUGCCAUGGUGAUGAAGGAGAUACCGAGGGAGGAGUCUGCUGAAGAAAAGCCCCUCCUUACUAUGACAUCACAGCUGGUGAAUGAGCAGCAAGAAAGCAGACCUCUCUUGAGUCCCUCCAUCGAUGACUUUCUCUGUGAAACCAAAUCGGAGGCGAUAGCAAGGCCAGUAACGUCCAACACAGCCGUACUGACCACAGGUUUGGAUCUCCUUGACCUGAGUGAACCUGUCUCUCAAACCCAAACCAAAGCCAAGAAGUUGGAGGCCUCAUCGAAAACUUCGUCCCUCAAGAAAAAGGCUGAUGGAUCUGAUCUCAUCAGUGCAGAUGCUGAACAGAGAGGCCAGCCUGUCCGAGGCCCAGAGACAUCAUCCUUAGAUUUAGACAUUCAAACACAACUGGAAAAAUGGGAUGAUGUUAAGUUUCAUGGAGAUCGAAAUAGCAAGGGGCAUCCAAUGGCAGAGAGAAAAUCAUGCUCAUCUAGAACUGGAUCAAAAGAACUCUUAUGGUCCUCAGAGCACAGAUCUCAACCAGAACUAAGUGGUGGGAAAAGCGCCCUGAACUCUGAGUCAGCUUCUGAGUUGGAAUUAGUGCCUCCAGCACAGGCUCGACUGACCAAAGAACAGCGCUGGGGAAGUGCAUUACUUUCUAGAAACCAUUCCUUGGAAGAAGAAUUUGAAAGGGCAAAAGCAGCAGUGGAGUCAGAUACAGAGUUUUGGGAUAAGAUGCAAGCAGAAUGGGAAGAAAUGGCCCGGAGGAACUGGAUAUCAGAGAAUCAAGAAGCUCAGAACCAAGUUACAAUCUCGGCUAGUGAGAAGGGAUAUUACUUUCACACUGAAAAUCCCUUCAAGGACUGGCCUGGAGCAUUUGAAGAAGGCUUGAAAAGACUGAAGGAAGGGGACCUGCCGGUCACCAUCCUGUUCAUGGAAGCAGCGAUUCUUCAGGACCCAGGAGAUGCAGAGGCAUGGCAGUUCCUCGGGAUAACCCAGGCAGAGAAUGAAAAUGAACAAGCUGCUAUUGUCGCCCUCCAGAGGUGCUUAGAAUUACAGCCCAACAACCUGAAAGCUUUGAUGGCUUUGGCUGUGAGUUACACUAACACAGGCCAUCAGCAGGAUGCCUGUGAAGCUCUAAAGAAUUGGAUUAAGCAAAACCCAAAGUACAAAUAUCUUGUGAAGAGCAAGAAGGGAUCUCCUGGCCUUACCCGGAGGAUGUCCAAGUCUCCAGUUGAUAGCUCUGUUUUGGAAGGAGUUAAGGAAUUAUAUCUGGAAGCUGCCCACCAAAAUGGAGAUAUGAUUGAUCCAGACCUACAGACAGGUCUGGGGGUUCUGUUCCACCUGAGUGGAGAGUUUAAUAGAGCAAUAGACGCAUUUAACGCUGCCUUAACGGUUCGGCCAGAGGACUAUUCCUUAUGGAACCGUCUCGGGGCAACGUUGGCGAACGGAGACCGCAGUGAGGAAGCUGUGGAGGCCUACACACGAGCCCUGGAGAUCCAGCCAGGCUUCAUCCGAUCCAGAUACAACCUGGGAAUCAGUUGCAUCAAUCUGGGUGCCUACAGAGAAGCGGUCAGCAAUUUUCUCACUGCCCUCAGUUUGCAAAGGAAGAGCAGGAAUCAACAGCAAGUCCCUCAUCCUGCAAUCUCUGGGAAUAUCUGGGCUGCCCUCAGAAUCGCACUUUCUCUGAUGGACCAACCGGAACUCUUCCAGGCGGCUAAUCUCGGUGACCUGGAUGUCCUCCUACGAGCCUUCAACUUGGAUCCUUGAAGGAAAAGGAAAAAAAAAUUAAAAAUAUAAAUCCUUGUCUAUGUAAUUGUACUGAGAAAGGCAAAACUAUUUUAUUACGAAUUCCAAAAAGGAUAAACCAGAUGUCCAAAAGGCCAUGGUGAUAGAACACAAGGGAAUUCCUAUGGACAAUGCCCAGGCUCCGUUCAGAUUCAAAAGCACAAAAUGUUGUAUAUAGAGUCAAGGUUGGGCUCGAAAGAAGACCUGAGAGACACAAAGACAAACCAAGAUAAAGUAACUGUGAGCUGCAAGCAUAUUCAAAACAUGUCCUCUGGGGGUCUUGUCCCCACUUGCAGCUGAUACACAUCUAAGGAACUUGCUCAUGGGACACCUGGAGAAAGCACUGCCUCUGAUCAGGGAAUUUGACUGUUUCUGAACUAUCCCUGCAAUUCCCCUUUUAUGACAUAGUCUGGGCCAAGGUGCAUGCACAUACAUUAACUCCUGACUAAAGAGGCAUUGCUUAAACCUGUUCCAAUUUUAACUUUUACUGUAGCCCUUCGAUUCCAGAGAGGGAGCUUUGCUGGCAAAAGCAGUUUUUUGCACUAGAAAUUUUUGCUGUUCCCAAUCAAAACUUUUCUGGGACUGUAUAUAUGCACUUUAAUAUCUUAUUUAUGCCUUGCUGGAGUUUUGUUUUGUUGCUCCAAUUUUUAACUUAAGGGUGAAAGAUUUGAGAACUCAGCCUUGUUAGAUCCGUGGACCAAAUAAAAAUUCAUGAAAAUAG